UUUUGUUCAGAUUGUGAGCUGAUUUUGUGAGCGGGGCACACAAAUAACCGGACUUUUUCGCCCGGAUUCAGUGAAAAGGCAUUUGCCAAUUGUCAAUUGCCAAUUGCAGCACUGCGAGAAAGCAAAAGCGACAUCCGCGAUGUGGAACCAGUGGCAGCAGGCGGCUGCAGUAGCGGCGCCGAUGAGCGCUCCCCCGCCGCAGCCAUCGGUGCCUCCGCCCCUGCCCGACGCCCCGCCCCCUCCGCCACCGUCCGAUGGGGGCGCCCUUGCAGGCGGCGGAGGAGGUGGCGCUCCAUCAGCCACAUCCGUACAAGCGGCAGCUGCCCAGGCAGCCACAACUGGAACAACCACCACCGCGGCGGCGGCGAUGGCUUUUAACCCCUAUAGCAGUGGACAGGCCACAGGGGCGGGCAACCCCUACGAACAGUAUACGGCCGCCCAGUACGCGGCCAUGACCCCGGAGCAGCAGUACGCCCUGCAGCACCACUGGCACCAGUGGCAGACCUACCAGGCGGAGUACGCCAAAUGGCAUGCCCAGUACGGCGAGCAGUACAAGCGUGAAAUGGCCGCCGCCGCUGCUGUGGCCACCAAUCCCGCUGUACAGGGCGUGCCCGCUCCAGUGGCCGCCGUGGUUUCACCCGCUCCCGUUGUGCCCGCUGUUGUUGUGCCCGGGCCACAGGCCUAUCCCGUUGCCCAGAACUAUUACCAGGGCAUGUCGGCCGUCUCACCGGCACCGGCGACCACACCGAAUCCCAUGCAGAAUCCCCUGCCAGUGGGUGGUGCGCCACUACCGGGCAAGAUCAUGGCCCAGCCGCAGAUGUACAACCAGCCGCCGCCGCCACCACCCUACAAAAGUGGCUAUCAGAUGUCCAAUCAGAGCCAGGGCAAUGACAACAACCAGCAGCAUCAGGGCAUGUGGUCGGGACCGCCACCCAUGCAACAGCAGCAACAACAGCCGCCAUCGAAUCGGUAUGGCGGACAAAUGAACUACAAUAGUGGCGGACAACCGGACAACCAGGGCUUUCCCAAUCUCCAGCAGCCGCCACCUUCGCUGCAGAGACCACCACCGCAACAGCAGCAGCAGCUGCAAAACAACAACAACAUGGACAACAACAACCAGCAGUGGGGCAACAACAGUCAACGAAGUAGUCGUCCGCCCUGGGAAACCAGUGGUCCGCCGCCCGAUAACUUUGGGCAGCAACAACAACAACCAGGACGCUGGGAUGGUCCACCGCCGCAGAAUGAUAACAACAAUCGCUGGAAUGGACCACCUCAGGUCAUCAACAACAACAACGACAACAAUCGACGCUGGGAUGGCCCGCCAAAUCAAUCACAAUCUGUCGGAGAUCAGCAACAGAUUCAACAGAAUCAAAACCAAAAUCGCUGGAUGAGCGGACCACCACCGCCCAGCGAUCAAAACCGCUGGCUGAGUGGACCGCCGCCGAACAUAAAUGAGCAACAAGAGCACCAAAACAGUAACAGUACCCAGCCACAGCUGAAUCCCCGCCAGAAUCGUUGGCAGAACAACAAUUCGGAUGCGGAGCCACCGCCAAUGAGGAACAACAACAAUAAGCAGAACAACUUUCAGAACAAUCGCAAGAGUUGGGGGCAACCGGACGAAAGAGGAAUGGGUGGAGGAGAUGGUAACCAGAACCAGAAUCAGAAUCUGAAUGCUGCCCAACGCAACCAAAGCCCAUUCACCAAGAACUCUCAGUCCGAUUUUGGUCCAGAUGGCAAUGACAACAAUAGCAACAACUUUGGCCAGCGAACGGGCAACUUUCAGGGCAACUAUGGCAAUAGUUAUAAUAACCAGGAUCAAGGUGGAGGCAAUUUUGGCGGAGGUGGAUCAGGAGGAGGCAACCCAGGCAGAGAUAACUUUGCCAACCGCGGACCUGACAACUUUGGCAACAACAACAAUGGCAACUUCAAUAACAACAAUCGCCGGCAGAGCAAUCGCUGGGAUAACAAUCGCAACCAGGGUAUGCAGGGAUACUCGGAUGAGAGGGGAGUCGGCGGAGGAGGAGAAUCAGGAUCAGGCAAUGAUUCUGGUCCAGGAAAUUUCAACCAGAAUCGCGGCAAUUUCAAUCAGCGCAACAACUUCAAUCAGCCGCCACAACAACAACAGCAGCAGCAGUCGUCUCAAAAUCAACCCCCGCAGCAACAAAACCGCAACCAACAGCAGGCUCCCGAUCUGGAUGAGGCCAGCUUUGAUCGCCUGUUCGACCAGUGGGAGCAGCAGUUCGAGGACUGGAAGCGGGCCAACGCCAAUCAUCCGGAUCGCGAUGAGUAUCGCCGCUACGAGGAGGAGUUCGAGAAGCAGCGCCGUCGCAUUGCCGAGCGCAGGGAGCAGAUGCGGCGACGUCGUCAGCAGCAGAUGGCUGCUGGUGCUGGUUGUGGUGUUGGUGGCUCUGGAGGAUUGGCCACAGACUCUAUGCCCAAAGAAGGGGGCAUGGCCAAGGCGGGGCAGGAGGAGGAUGAGGAGGAGGAGGAGGAUUUGGAGGAGCAGGAGCCAAAGGAAACAUUCGGUGGUGGUCCAAAUUUCGCUGAACAGGUAUCCAAUUUUGGCCACCAAGGCAACAGACAACACGGACAUCCUGGCCACUUUGCGAAUGAGAAUCGCGGCUUCAACAAGGGACCGCCGCCACAGGGAAUGCAGAAUCAAUACCAAACCGCCCAGCAAGCUAUACAGGAGAUGCCUGCCAUGGACAAGCCAGUCCAGGAGCAGUCAGCCAAGCCAGUUGCUCCUCCAGCUCCCCCGAUAGCGCCGCCAUCCCUGCCGCCGCCCGAUGUUGCCGUUGCCGCUCCCGUUGCCGUUGCCCCAGUGGUUGUGCCCGCUCCGCCAGUGGCGCCGCCAACGCAGCCACCUUCGAUCUCCAGCAAUCUCGGCAAGCGCCGACAAACAAGUACGGCUGCAGCUGUGCCCACGCCCGCCAAGCAGGUGAAAGAGGAGGAGCCCAUAUUCACCAUUUCCCUGGACGACGACGACGACGACGAAGAUGAGGACGAGGAUAAUGAGCAGCCGGCGUUGGAGACGCCGAUGGGUAGCAUCUUCAAGAAGAGCGAUGGCAUACCGGGUCUGGACUUGGUGGCAGAUGGCACCGACGGCAAAAAUGCGUCCUCGGUCUUCGAUGUGGGCUCCGAGCAGGCAGUGGAGAGUAGUAGUCAGCCUGCAGGCCCCCAAGCCGCCAGCAAGACCAACGAAACCCUGAGCAAUGUGCUCAAAGAUCCCAACUUCUUCAACAAUCUCACCCAGGCGGUGGCCAAUGUUCAGGAGCGCGAGCAGCGCGAUCGCCAGCAGCGGGAGGUUAGGGAUCAGGCGCAGGAUCAGGAGCAGCAGCAGCAGCAGCAACAGCAGCAGUCGGCAGAUCACGAAACUGGAGCAGAUGGACGUCCAUUGUCCUUUACCGAGUGGCAGCGCAAGAAGAAUGGCGGUAACGAUGGCAAAUCGCAGGAUUCCCAUGGCACCCACAGUCCCAGUGGCAGUGAGCCGGCGGAGCAUAGUGGACAGGCUAUGAAUCAAGGCGGACCUGGUGCGGGUCCAGGUCCCAACUCACGCGGUCCCAACGAUGGACCGCCAACGUCGCGAUUUGACAACUUUGGACCGAAUCAAGUGCCUGGCAACAACUUCGUUGACUUCGAUGGCAACAAUGGCCCCGGUCCCGGUCCAGGUCCCGGUUUCUAUCCGCCUGGCCGGAACUUUGGACCACGUGGCCCCAACUUUGGACCCAACUUUGGCCCCGGCCCGGGACCGCAUUUCGGUCCCAAUGGACCGCAUUUCGGACCCAAUGGACCGCAUUUCGGGCCGGGACCAGGCAACUUCCGGCAUAGUGGCCCCAAUUUUGGGCCCAACUUUGGACCGAACUAUGGUCCGCGUAACUUUGGACCUCGCGGACCCGGCGGCGGUCCCUUUGGUCCACCGCGACGCGAUGACUUUGGUGGGCCACCACCUUUUGGCGGUCCAGGCGGACCUGGACCCAACUUUGGCCCAGGCAUGGGACCCAAUGGCCCAAGGGGAUUCAAUAAUAAUGGCGGCAACGGCGGUGGACCCAGCUGUGAUAAUCCCUUCCGCCGGCAGGGAGGACCUCCAGGUGGGCCCGGUUUCGACGACGAUGGUCUGGGCGCACCGCCACCACGAGGUGGCCCCAGGAAUUUCCAACAACGCAACAGCUUUGGUGGUGGUGGAAAUCCAGGAGGACCCAACAUGAACCACCGGAAAAACUGGAAUGACGGGCCGGAGCAACUGCAGCAACAACAACCAUUCCCCAACAACCGCAAUCAACAGCCCAUAUAUCGACCGAUGAAGGUGUUCGACUAUUCCAAUAACACGACAACAGCCGCCAAGGUGAUCGAUUAUGGCCACAAGUCGGGCGAUGGUAACCCCAUCGAUAGGCCUUCCGGCGGUCCGUCUCCCACUGACAGAAUGCCGGAAUAUAGACCCAUGAAGACCUUCGAGUACGGCCACGCCUCGUUUUCGGCACCGAAUCGCAUGGGAAUGCAAGGAGGAAUGGGAAUCGGACAAGGAGGAGGAGGUGGAGGUGGAGGUGGAGGAGGAGGAGGAGGAGGAGGAGGAGGAAUGCCUGGAGGAUUUGGAGGGCCCAGUGGGCCAGGUGCUACCAAUAACAAGCGAAAAAAUAAAAGAAAGAACAAACAGCUUAAGAGGGAGGAGCGAUUGCAGUUCCAUCAAAAUCGACAGCUCCAAUCGGUUACGGUUAACGAAAGCGGGUCAACAAAUCCCGAACAGGAUGAGCAGCAGCAGGAGCAGACGCAGGAAGAUUUACAGGAUCAGUGCGAUGAGGGCACAGCAAAUGAGCCCAAUGAUCUGGAAGAUAUUUCCGAUGGUGAAGACAAUCUAACGCCACUGGACUGCGAUGACGACGACGAAGAGCUCCCACCGCCACCUUCGAUGAGCAGAUGGAAUCAGGGAAAUUUGCAGCCGCAGUUUAAUCCACCAAAUCAGGCUAAAUUCUUUCCCGCAAACCGCGACAGAGUGGUCCCGGCGCCACCAACCCUGUCGCUAUUCCCCUCGGCAGCCAUUGCCAAUGAGCAACUUCCCAGCCCAGUGACGGCUAGCCAUCUGGAGAUGACCGUGCCAACCAAUGAGAACCGCAAUACCAUUUCCGUGGACGAUGUGCUCUUGAAUCCCGGCCGCAUGACCCGUCCCAAGCGCAUCUGCAUCAUUUUGCGAGGCCCUCCUGGCUGCGGCAAAUCGCACGUGGCUCGUCUCAUCAAGGAAAAGGAGCUGGAGAUGGGUGGCGCCAAUCCGCGCAUCCUCAGCAUCGAUGACUAUUUCAUCAUCGAGAACGAUUACGAGGAGAAGUGUCCCAAGACGGGCAAAAAGAUACCCAAAAAAGAGAUACUGUAUGAGUACGAUGAUAGCAUGGAGGAGACCUACAUGCAAUAUCUAAUCAAAUCGUUCAAGAAGACGCUCAGCGAUAAUCUGUACGAUUUUAUAAUAGUGGACUGCAACAACAAUUCGUUGCGCACGCUGAAUGAAUUUUAUUGCCACGCCAAAGAUUCCAAUUUUGUGCCCUACAUCGUGGACUUGCACUGCGAUCUGGAGACGUGCCUGGGUAGGAACUCGCAUCAGCGCAGCGAGGAUGAGAUUCGCGUGGUGCUGGACAACUGGUGCAAUACGCCGCUGCAGUACAUCAAACUGGACGUGGGCUCCCUGCUCGAGAACGUGGUCGAGAUGGAAGAUGUUGAGGACAUGGCUACGGACGACAAUGCCUGUACCGACGAUGGGGUCACAGCAGGACCAUCAGCAUCCGCAUCCGAGGAUGCAAUUGCCGAGGAGACGGACGACAGUAACAGCGCCGACGCGUCCAACGAUUGCGGCUUCCUGAAAAGCAAAUGGGAAUGUGACCACACCGAGGCCAAUUUGGCCCGCUUGGAUGGCACCAAGCGUCUGAUGCAGAGCCGCAGGACGGCAAGCAUGGCCGACUAUCUCCAGCUGGAGGAUUGGGAACCGCCCAGAACCUCGGCCAAUGGCAAAAAGCGAGUGCGUUGGGCUGACAUCGAGGAGAAGCGGUCGCAGGAGAAGAUGCGCGCCAUCGGUUUCGUGGUGGGCCAGACCGACUGGAACCGCAUGAUGGAUCCCAAUGCGGGCAGUCGGGCCCUGAAUAAAACCAAAUACAUUGAGCGCAUCAAACGCCGCUAGCUGGCAAUCACAAUUACAGCCACGCAAGCUCACAGCAUUUGCACUAACCACUAACCACCAACCACCAACCACCAAAACACGGUCUACAUUUCCACAUGGGGAUCACCAUCCGAUUUCAAUAGGCUCAAAGGAAACCCCGAAUUACGUUUAAUCAUCAUUUAACAUCAAUCAUCAAUCAUCCCAAUGCAAUCAGUAUAAUUUCGCAAAAAUCAGUCAUUUGUAGUGCUGCAUUUACGAAACGAAUUCAAUUUCGUCGAUCUGAUCACACACGAACAUCCGCAACUACUAUCCUAAAUCAUCCUAAACAAAUAGAAUAAAUAUGGAUCUGUUUUAAAUUGUAUAUAAUAUGAAAUUAUAUCCAACGAUUUUUUUUUAGAUUGACGAAAUAUAAAUGAAAUGUA